CCCAGGAGCACAGAGUUGGGAGGGGGGAGUGGUGCAGAGCCCCGGAUCCGCGCGGCUCAGCCGCCCGCUGACGCAUGGUCGGAAAGUUGCGCUCAAACCUUCUCCCUUCUCCUACUUUCUUCCUAGGGCCGGGCUGUUGAGUUGGAGCCGGGCGGGGAGGAGCCGACUCUCCGCCCCUCCUGGAGUCCGGCGCGGGUGGCGGCUCGGGGUCCGGUGUACCCUGGACGGCGGCACAAACUUUCCCGACAGUUUGGGGACACUUGUCCGGAGCGUCCCGCACUGUGUGGAAGGAGGAGCCGAGUCCGCGGGCAGAUUUCAGAAGUCUUCUUCUGGGAGUUUCCAACAGUGCCAAGUGUUGGAGAAAUCUUUUCUGCCCCUCUGAUAGCGUGAAUUGAGCAAAUACAGCCCAGCACUACGCUACCAAAGACAGCAAUCUCAGGUUUCAGAAGAUAACAAUGAAAUGUGAAGAAGUUACAUUUCUUACGUGAUACUUGAAAGUUAGUGACUGCUUGCCAAAUUUUCUGGAAAAUUAAAUAUGACUUAGAAGCAUUGAUGUAUGAAGGUUUAUGAUGUCAUCGGUUGCGACAGAAAGUAAACUCCAGCAGACUGUGAGCCUGCAGGGAGUUGACCCAGAAACAUGCAUGAUUGUAUUUAAAAACCACUGGGCACAGGUUGUGAAGAUCUUAGAGAAGCACGACCCCUUGAAGAACACCCAGGCAAAAUAUGGAUCCAUCCCUCCAGAUGAGGCCAGUGCCGUGCAGAAUUAUGUAGAACACAUGCUCUUCUUGCUAAUUGAAGAGCAAGCCAAGGAUGCUGCGAUGGGGCCGAUUCUGGAAUUUGUGGUCUCCGAGAACAUCAUGGAGAAACUCUUCCUUUGGAGCUUGCGGAGGGAAUUUACUGAUGAGACUAAAAUCGAGCAGCUAAAGAUGUACGAGAUGUUGGUCACUCAGUCUCACCAGCCUCUGUUGCACCACAAGCCCAUCCUGAAGCCCCUGAUGAUGUUGCUGAGCUCUUGUUCGGGAACAAGCACCCCUGCCGUGGAGGGGAAGCUGGUUGUCCUCCUCAAUCAGCUUUGUUCGAUCCUUGCCAAAGAUCCAUCUAUUCUGGAACUCUUCUUCCACACUAGUGAGGACCAAGGGGCAGCCAACUUCCUCAUCUUCUCCCUUCUGAUUCCCUUCAUUCACCGAGAGGGGACAGUGGGUCAGCAGGCCCGGGAUGCUUUGCUUUUCAUCAUGUCUCUGUCUGCUGAGAACAGCAUGGUGGCCAAUCACAUUGUGGAGAACACCUACUUUUGUCCAGUACUUGCAACCGGGCUCAGUGGUCUCUAUUCCUCCCUGCCUACAAAGCUUGAAGAGAAAGGUGAGGAAUGGCACUGCCUUCUGAAGGACGACUGGCUCCUACUCCCUGCUCUCGUUCAGUUCAUGAACUCCCUGGAGUUUUGUAAUGCCGUCAUACAGGUGGCUCACCCCUUGAUUCGCAAUCAGCUUGUUAAUUAUAUUUACAAUGGGUUCUUGGUACCGGUCUUGGCUCCUGCGCUCCAUAAGGUGACUGUGGAGGAGGUCAUGACCACAACUGCAUAUCUGGACCUUUUCCUGCGUAGUAUCUCCGAGCCAGCAUUACUCGAGAUCUUCCUCCGUUUUAUCCUGUUGCACCAGCAUGAGAAUGUCCACAUCCUAGAUACUCUCACAAGCCGAAUCAACACCCCAUUUCGGCUCUGUGUGGUGUCCCUGGCAUUGUUUAGAACUCUCAUCGGUUUACAUUGUGAAGAUGUGAUGUUACAGCUAGUUCUAAGGUAUCUGAUCCCUUGCAACCACAUGAUGCUGAGUCAGAGGUGGGCCGUGAAGGAGAGAGACUGUUACUCUGUUUCUGCGGCCAAGCUGCUCGCCCUGACCCCCGUCUGCUGCUCCAGCGGGAUCACCCUGACUCUUGGGAACCAGGAGAGGGACUAUAUUCUCUGGUCAAAGUGUACGCAUAAUAGUUCAGGGGCCGUGGAGCAGCCAGUGCCCCAGGUGUCGUCUCCGUCGGCCUGCAUCGUGGAGUACGGCAAAGCCCUGGACAUCAGCUACCUGCAGUACCUGUGGGAGGCCCACACCAACAUCCUCCGCUGCAUGAGGGACUGCCGAGUCUGGUCCGCCCUGUACGACGGAGACUCCCCUGACCCGGAGACGUUUGUCCAGAGUCUGACGGAGGACAGCGCCGUCGGCUCCCCCUAUCCUGUGUUCAGGCUCCCGCAGCAACUCCCCAGGAAGACGGGCUCUCCGCUGCCUCCAAGAAAGGAGAAGAGCCACACGGAGCUGGAGUGGGACGACAGCUAUGACACCGGCAUCUCCUCAGGGGCGGACGUGGGCUCCCCCGGGCCUUACGAUGAUCUGGAGAAUUCGGGCCCGCCGGCACCAGUCGACCCCCCCAGACACAUCCAGGAGAUGAAGAAGAACGCCAUCCUGCUCUUCAAAGGGUCCUACAUCGAAGAGUCCGACUUCCAGGAUGAUGUGAUGGUGUACCGGCUGUGUGCCGAGAAGGACUCUGAGGACACUAGGAAGGUACAGGCGGAAACCGCGAGGCCCGCAAGCCAAGCCCAGACUGAGGUUCAGAGUCCCGCCCUGAACAACGGCCCCCUGCCCAGCCCUCCGUCAGGCACAGAUUCAGAGGAGGAACUCGGUAGGGACAAUUCAGACCUGUUCCCAAAUGCGUCCAAGGGACCGAAACAAGAAGAGGAGGCGGCAACAGCCCCGCAACCGAGCGCGGAGUUAGCGCCUCCCAUCUCCGAGGCUGAACACGAUUCAAAGCCGAUGGUCAUUAACCCAGGGGGUGAAGAUUUCAUCGCCCAGUAUGACCAAAUCAUUAAAGAACUAGAUUCGGGCCCCGAGGGCUUGACAGAAGAGAAUUUCCCCUCGCCUGGUGUCUUGCAUCUCAAGGGAGAGCAAGAGGGGAAGGAAGGAGAGAGCAAAGGAGAAAAGGAGGACGAAGAGGAGGAGGCCGGGGAGAAGGCCCUGGAAGAGGAGGACGACUUUGAUGCUUUUAUAGCAGACACUCCCACCAUCGACGCCGCGCCGUCCCCGUUUGGGGUGAGAGAUGAGACUGCCUUUGCCAGUCAGCCUCCCUUGAGGACUCAGAGCACCCCGUUCACAGGCCCAUUCAUCAGCGUGGUCCUGUCAAAGCUGGAGAACAUGCUGGAGAACUCUCUACAUGUUAAUUUGCUACUUAUCGGGAUCAUUACUCAGCUAGCCAGCUACCCACAGCCUCUCCUGCGCUCCUUUCUGCUCAACACCAACAUGGUCUUCCAGCCAAGUGUCCGCUCCCUCUAUCAGGUCCUUGCAUCUGUGAAAAACAAGAUUGAGCAGUUUGCUUCUGUGGAGAGAGACUUCCCGGGGCUCCUCAUACAAGCCCAGCAAUACCUGCUUUUCCGAGUGGACAUGUCUGACAUGACCCCUGAGUCACUAACCAAAGAUCCCAUUCAGGAUGCUUCCAGGACAGGAAUUGGCAAGAACCUUUUGGAUGGUCCCCCAAGAGUGCUUCAGCCCUUCCUGACAAACAGAGCCAAGGUGGCUGGGGUGCCCCCAAGCCUGCCCCUGCCAGUGAGGAACACCAUGCUGGCCGCUGCCCUCUUCCCAGAGUUCCUGAAGGAACUGGCUGCCUUGGCCCAGGAACACUCCAUUCUGUGCUACAAGAUCCUGGGUGACUUUGAGGACUCCUGUUGUUAGUUUUUUUUUUUUUUUUUUUUUUUUUAAUAGAGGUUCUUGUUUUUAAGGUUUUAGCGUCUUGACUGAAUGUUAAAUGCAAAGCUGCUUACAAAAAUUUCUACUUUGAUACUUCCUGACAAUACUUGAUUUGUGGGGAGGGAAAUUUUCUGUGUACCUCCUCUUUCUCUAGCCGGGUCUUUCCACCUCCUCUAGAAUGUAAGUCUCAUAAGCUGGUAACUCCUUGGGCAGGUUUUCUUUUCUUUUUUACUCCUCAAUUUUUUGGUAUUCUCCCAUCCCUUUGAGUCACUUAUCUUGCAGGUUAGAGCUUAGAUCACACCAAGCAAAUACUGGGGUUCCAUGAUUUCUGGAAGUACCCCGGGUUAGAAGGCUCAGCUCUUCAAAUAGCACAUGAAUGAACAUCUGUUCCUGUUGCCUUCUGCAUUUUGGUUUCCCUUUUCUAAAAGGGAAGAAUAAAGAUGGGGCCCUGCUUUCCUCUAUCACACAAGCAUGUAUCAUGUGUCCCUUUGCAUCUUACUUCCAAGAUUAGCACUCUGCCCAACAUGUGUUGCCUUAUGUUGCAGGCAAAUUCAUUGGUUUCAGCUGUUUGCCUGGGAAGUCAGAUGUGGUUGUGGAUAAUUUGGAAUGCAGGAAAAUUUUCUUGUUGCUUGAGAGCUUUCUUUAAUCAGUGUAUCACUUCCUAAACACUGGAAAUAGUCUUAUUUUAGUAAGAUUUGCACAAAAUGAAAUCUACAUAGGCAAACCGUUACAUUGGUUUUUAGAAGUUUGAUCUGAUGGAGAAAGUGGGGUAUCAUAUACUCGGGUAUCAUUGUUUUGUGUUUUAUAAAAGAUUUUGUGAAGCUAUUUCACAGUGGGUUUUGGGGGGGGUAGGGAGGAGUAUGGGGCAGGGGAAAGGAUAAAGGUGAACUAAAUGAAAUCUAUAAAAACAUUGGCAAUUAUUUUAGAUCCUGUUUGCUUUUUCUAAUAUGUUGCACUUUGUAGAGAAACAAGCACUGUACACUUUGGGACCUGGAAUGUAAAUGCAGACGGGUCACAGGAAGCCCUGCGAAGCCAAGUGCCUGCUGGUGACUCACUACACACAGAAAUGCUGCCUUCUGAGUAAUGGGGUUCAUUAGAAGCCCCCACACGAUGUAUUAGUGCCUCUGUGCUGCUUUGCAGCCUGCUCCAGGCAUAAUUAUACUUAGCGCCACCGUCUCUUUAAACCACCAAAGAGGGAGAAACACACACAAUAACUGCUAAAAACGAGACCAUGAACAGCUGAUAUUUGUGGACAUUCAGUCCAACGCCCCUCUGUUUUGAGCAGGGGAGGAGCACAUAACAAGGGUGGGCCUCUCUGUUUGGGGGGAAACGGGAAGUCCCAGUUCUUCCCAGUUCUUGUUUUCUUCGUGGGCAUCGCUGCUGAGCCCUGGGGGCAGCCACAGGUCUGGCGGUUGUGCCUCAGGAGGACUGGUAUGAUUUUAAUCAGGCCCGUAGCAGAGGAGGGCAGUGAAGGAAAGAAUCCCAUCUGAGACCUUGCAGAGCAGAGGCUGCCCUUCAGUGUUUCACGGAUCUUGAAGCAGCUUUGUAUUGAGAGCUAGCCAGCCCAUGGAAUGUGGACCCCAGGAGACCUGGCCUGGGCAAGGAGGCUCUCAGCAGCCAGCCUCACAGUGUUUCUAGGUCUAAGCAAGAAACCAAAGAUGUCGACCUGUUGUAUGUUUCUGACUUCCCAUUUGUCUGUCUUGGAAAAUGGUUUGCCCAGCUGUGGUACAGCCGCAGGAAUGUAUGAGGCCCAGCGGACUGGCCUGGCUUCCUGGCACAGCCUUGUAUUCGCAAACCCCCAGGUCUCCACUGGAAAAGAAGGUGGCUCAAGGUAGAUUAAGAAAGAGGAACAGGAAGAUGGAAUGUAAGCUGUAAUUUAUUAUCCUCUAGCUUCGUUUUGGACAAGUAUUUACCU